CAGGGAGAGAGAGGAAGGAAGAGGCCUGCCUGGGCUGCCGGCGGCCCGUCCUCCUCCUCCUCCUCGCCGCUCUCGGUCUCAGCCCGGCUCAACGGCAGCGGAUUCGGCCGCUGCGACGAAGCCUUUCCCGGGACCUGCGCUCUCUCUCUCUCGGGGGCUGCGCCCUCGUGGAAUGUAACGUGUGAACGACGCCCGCAGGUUAGCUGGGGUUGAGGGUUUAGCAUCUUCCCGGGACUCUGCCCCAGAUCGAAAGGUCACAUGAUGCUAAUUCCCAACAAUAUUAACUGCUAGUUUGAUACUCCAACAUGUACCACGUUGUGUUGUUAGAGCUACCACAGAGGCCUCCCAGGGACAUGCAAGCCCCGAGGUAAUGAAGUGAGUUCUACUUUAAUAAUGCAUUGCAUUGAUUUUUUUCCCCAGCGUAUUAGUCUUUUAGUUUUAUGGUUGUUAUCUUGGAUUUUCCCCCCAGUUUGAUUUUUCUUUGUCUCCAUUUCAAAUUUGAAAAGAGCCAGGGAAAUAAUACAGUCUGGUGGCGCUUUCUUCUUCUUCUUAAUAGGUUGUUGCCAAUGCCUUUAAUGCGUGGCAGGGUGGAAACUUUCAAAGGAACGAAGGUAAUAAAGUCAAGGAGAAAGGAAAUAUGUAGCUAUCUUUGUUUACAUAAAAUGGGAUGAUACUUUUUGUACCUUUAGAUUAAAAAGUGGGGUAGAUCAGGGUAGAUCAAAUGAGUAAUUUGUAGCAGCUCGGUAAGGGUUUCUAACUUCCGGUUUUUUCUAUAUGCCCUGUUUAUUAAGCAUUCAUUCUGAUUUGUUUGCAGAUGACUUUGUGUCAAAGCGAGCAUUGUCCCACAAUUUCCAGUACAUUCCCCUCCCCCCCCCAUCACUUUCCAUAUUGCAUAAAGUCUGGUUUUACGGGGAAAGGGGGUUUGUUGCACAAGACUUCGCAGUCAACUCAUGGAGGACAUGGAAUGGAGAUUAGCCUAUCGGUGUGUGUAAUUCUUAGCUAACGAUGUAAAAUCUCAAGAGAAUGAUGCAGUCCCAUGCUACAUCCUUCUCUUCGGCUAAACACACUGUGCUGCAAAUCAGCCUUGUACCAGCAGCCCUCCUUUGUUUUCUCACCCCUUCAUGCUUAAGGGACAAGACUCAAAUGGAUCCAAAGUUUUGUAAUAAUAUCUCUCCCCCCCCACAUAAUAUUUAGUGAAUUUUAGAGAGUACUGUGCCAGCAACAUGACAUACUGCUGUCACCUUCCAAAGCACCUUCGUAUUUUUAUUAAAUAAAUUUUUGAACUCUAGAGAUUUAGAUGAAAAUCCUAGCUUUAAUUUGCAGUACAAAUUAGUCACAUAGGAUGCAGAUAACUGUAUAAAUUUUACUCAAAGCCCUUUAACCACUCUAUACAGUUUGACUGGCAAAAGGUUGGGUCACAGAUAAGGGGUUUGUAUCCAUAUCUGUGGUUGCAAGCCUGGGAUCAGUGACUGCUAGUUAUUCCAUUUUACUUAACAAACAAUAUAAGAAUACGGUGCUUAGUUUUAAUUUCUUUUGUUCUGUAGUACGUAUUUACAUCACAAAUGUUCUACCAUUUUUCUUUUUCUUUUUUUCUUUGCUUUAGGAUUAAUUGUUUUACUAAUAAAAACAAGUAAUCAAAGUGUUAUUUAGACAGCAUGAAGAUAUAUACAAGAAGGCUGUAAAUGAGAAGAAACUGAAACAUUCCAAAACAAGUUUACAAACCCCAUCCAAGUCAUAUUGACUGCAUCAAAUAUUGCCUCCCAAUUUAACAUUUAAAACUAGGGUAACAGUAGCAAGUCAACUGGACUGUGAGCCAUGCAAGAGUGUUGUAGCUGCUGUUUACUUCAACAGGGCUUCUACUGGAGAAUUUCCAGAUGGAUUGAUCCCUCUGUUAUUAGCUUAUGAAAAGUCUUGGGGGCAAGGAAGGAAAUGAAAAAUACAAUCAGUAAACUGCUGCACCCAGGCAAAUAUGAAGCUUCUCCCACUGCACCCCCAUGUCAUUAGUGUUAAGUAAUGACAUAAAAUGGAAUUUACGCAAUAUGCAAUGUAGCAAAUUAUAUUAAGGAAAACCAUUAUAAACAGUUCAACACUUGUUUUUCCUUCUGUUACUCUAAUGCAGUUGUUUGUUUAUUUAUAGUAAUACAUCCCAUAUAUGAAUGUAUCAUUCUUUCAGAGGUGGAGAAAUGUUAAAUUACAAUUUUGCGGUAGUGGACACUUUAGCAGGUACAACUAUAUUACUGUUGUUACAGUUCUCUGACUGUCUUAUGUUAGAAAAGUAAAGGCACUUAAGAAACUGGCCCAUUUCAACUGGCAUAAGAAUACUCAAAUACUGAGUGGGUUAACAUCUAUAUUUUAAAUUUUCUUUCUUGCUUUGGAGUUUGCCUUUCAUAUGUGUCCAAAUAGAAUAAUUAGCUGGAUUUGUCUUUUAAAUUGAUGUAUGAAUGCUGGAUGUGUUUUAUUUUCUUUGAAUUUGGCAGGCCCUCCUGUGAGGUUGGAAACAAAUUGUUGUACCCAAUCAUCCAUCUGGAUGUGGGAGCUUUGAAGGGGAAGAGAGAAUAUUCAGAACUGGUAAAUGGAUUUGCAUGGGGUUCAGAACUGAGCCAACUUCUGAAAUAAUAUCCCUCAACUUGAAUAGAUGGCUCUUCAGCAGCCUCCACAUGCUUUUAAUAUCUCCCCAGUCGCGGAUAGGAGAUUGUGUCUAAAUGGAACACCCUGGAUUUGGCAUCUCCUGGAAGAGUGUGUCGGGAAUGCGUGGGAGUAUUGGAGUGUUGUCAUAGGCCUGAUCUCCAUUGUCUGCUUUCUGUUUGCUGCACUACCUCAACUGUAUGUUGCCUAUCGGAAUGGAAAAGUGGAUCAAGCGCUUUCAUUGGGCUUUCUGCUAUGCUGGAUUGCUGGAGACCUCACCAGUUUUAUUGGCUGCUACUUGACAGAUCAACUUCCAAUACAGAUAAUCACCGCCAUCUUUUACGUUAACAUGGACAUUAUUAUGAUAUCCCAGUUUGCCUAUUAUAAGCUAAAAAAUCAGAAGGUGACAAAAUGUGGCAUAAACUUGAGGAACUGCUGUGUCAUCUGGGUCUUGACGUGCAUCAUACUCUGUUUGAUUUUACCCGGUCCGUUACUGCUGCGGAACAGAGUCCAGAAUACUCUUUCAGGAACAAGUGAGAAGUCUCAUGGUAUGAUUGAGAUGUCAGGAUUUGUGUGUGGCUACAUAUCGUGUCUCUUUUAUUUGGGAUCUAGAAUUCCCCAGCUGUAUAAAAAUUUCCAAAGAAGAUCCACAGAAGGCACCUCUUAUCUGCUUUUUGCUUUAGCCAUGAUGGGAAACUGUACCUAUGGUCUAAGCAUUGUCUUAAAGAUGCCUGCAACACAGCAUCUCGUAAAUCAUUAUUUCUGGCAUCAUCUCCCCUGGCUUAUUGGGAGCUUUGGGGUUUUGUUUUUAGAUAUUUUUAUAACUGCACAGUUUAUUUUGUAUCGCAAGCGGAACGAGAGAAGACCCAGCUUGGUGGCCUUGGAAGUUGAACCUCUGCUCAUAAAUGAAGAUUCCUAACCUCCAUAUUUUUGCAGCGUUUCAUUCUGAAGUCUGGAAAGCUUUUCUUAAGCAAGGGGUGAUGCUCAUUAAAGACUCAACAUACCAUCAGGUGCUUACGCCUGGACAGAUAGAAUAUUACAAAAGAGCGGAACAGCCAAAGCUAAAGUUCCAGGGUAUUGUUUGAGCUUUGGUUACUGGACUUCAAGAAGAGCUAACUCUUAAGGGGAUUGUCCAUCCCAGGAAUAAAGUCUAUUUUCCCCC